AGCACCGAGCUCCGGAGAGCGCGCUGUGCAAGGGGCCGAGCGAGCCCUGGCCCCGAGGGCCGCGCAGCGGGGUGUGGCGUGUGCAGGGCUGCCGCGAGUCGCAUGGCCGAUUCCACUCUGUGACUUUGUGCGGCCCAGCCUGGCUUCAGCGUUUCGUUUGUGAGAUGAUCUUAAUGUGCACCUCAGGGUCGGGAACAGCUCUGUCCGCAUAGACCGCGAGUACUGUGGGCUCCCUGGCAGGAACGACUAUCACCACUGGAUUUUGGUAGAAAUAAAGGGAUUAAAGAUCAGCUCCCACUGAGGACAAAGAGACUGAUAAUUCUUUGUGUGAUAAGACAGUGGGAUUUGCUUUCCUGAAUUAAAAGCGGUUCGUUAAGCUUGAGUCGUGACUCCUCUUUGUGAGAAAGUACAGAGAUGGAAACCUUAAAAUCUGAAAACAGAAAAAGAGUCCUUCCCUCAUGGAUGACAGCCCAGGUGGCUGAGAAGAGAGUAGUGCCAGUGGCGGCCUUCAAGAGGAGGAGAAUGGCGGCGGUGCCCAUGGCACCAGCAAGGCUGCCUGCAGUGAGGACUGUAUACUGCAUGAAUGAAGCAGAAAUAGUGGAGGUUGCUCUUGGGCUCCUGACUGAGAGCUGCAAACAGGAAAAGCCCUGGGAGCCAUUGUCUCUGGUGGGCGCUGAUACGCCAGCACUCUCCCCACCGUGUUCCAUGUCACCUCACACAAGUUCUGGAAGCAGCAGCGAGGACGUAGACAGUGGGAAAGGCCUGCCUGCCCCAGGCCUCAGCCCUUCCCCGGGACCUAGGGAUUCCAACGCUGCCUGCAGAAGUCCCGAGGAGGAGGAUUUGUUAAAAUACGUCAGAGAGAUAUUUUUCAGCCAGCCUUGAAGACAGACCAUCUGCCCACAGUUCUCUGUCCCGUCUGGGAGCUUGAGGCUCACCGGGCACAGACUGGAAGCCAGCCUCCUCCCCCUAGCUGCCACCUUCCUUCUACCUGGCAAUCUCCACCUUGGUCCCUGGGUAGCUACAAAGCAAGAGAGGGACAGGAGCCCAGAGGAGACACUGAGGACGAGAAGUCAUACCAGAAGUCAUGUUUCUGCCUCUAUUCACUGUGACUUUGGACAGGCAUCAAAUGAGUAAAUCAUUUUCAAACAGGUUUUUUAAUAAAUUUUUUAGGUGCUGAAAAAUAAAUUCCUCAACACAUGA